AUGCUACCGGAAUCUCGCGGCUUGUCAUGCUCAGGAAACGGAGCUGCGCCGGCGGGCACGAGCUGUCCGAUGGCUGGAGACGUCGCUUCUGCUGACUGCCAACCAUACUUGUUAUCCUACAACGGAUCAGCGUGUGUCGCCCCGACUGAUGCGCAGUGCAUCAUCGUGGUCGACGACACGUGGGGGUGCGCGUUCCCUCAUACGGGAUACACUUCUGCCGCAGAUGCCGAAACGGCGGCGGUGUACAGUGCAGGAGGCGCUGAUUACGACCCGACUCAGGACGAGCCGCUCAGUGUAAACUGUGAUGUGGCGUCGGAUGAAAUUGCUGGUGUCACUGCAACAGGAUACGAGGGCAUCAGCACGACCACCGAAAGCCGCGGCGGCACUGCUGGUGGUACGACGAUGGAUGGUGCCACUUACGAACGGAGCGCUACGACCUAUACUACCAACUACGGUGAAAGCACCGGCGACCACGGAGCUCCCACCGUUGACAAGAGCUACACGCAUGCGGAUGGUGACGAAACGACGGAUCACUACGGUCAGCACCAUCACAGCAAAGACGCCGCGUCUGGACACCACUGGCAACACCAUGACAGAACAGAUAGUACGUCCGAUCACUUCCAGUCUGGUGGUGAAGGAUACAGCACGGCUCUAGAACACGUGGACGGCGGGUACGGCUAUGAAGCUGAGCCUACUGAGCCUUACGAAGACACCGACAUUUCCGUGGGUGGUCCGGGCGGAAAGAUACACGUGGCUCACGAAACGACGGGCUCGCACGCGAUUCACAAGGCAUAUGACACUAUCGACGACCAUGUUGGAGAAGCUUAUCAAACAGGAGACGGCUACUCAUUUCAACAGAAUCACCUAGUUGAUGAAGCGUACCCAUCUCAAUACGCUUACUCGACGGGAGACUCCCACUCGACUGGACACAUGCACUCAACGGAGCAUGCCUAUGGGGAUGAGCAGACGCAUCCAAUUCAUCUGACUCAUCCGUCUGAGCACGUGUACUCGAUUGACCAGCAUUCUUACUCAGCUGAGCAGGUUCACCCAUCUGAUCAUGUGUACUUGACUCACCAGACAUACUCACCUGAGCAGGCUCUUCCGUCGGAGCAUGUGUACUCGACUCACCAGACGUACUCGGCUGAGCAGACCCAUCCGAUUCAAAAUUCUCACUCGACUCACAAUGAUUACUCAGCUGAGCAGACUCACAUGACUGAAAAGAACCACCCGUACAAGCAAUCCGAUCAAGCUUAUGGCGCCCACGACGACUACCUGUCUGCCCCAGCUUACAAGACGGACCAGACGGACGUUUCUCCUGACAUCAUUCCGGAUAUCGUAACGGUAGUCCCUGACAUCCUGACGAUUGUCCCCGACAUUUUAACGCUGAUCCCAGACACCCUGACGGUGAUCCCAGACAUCUUGACGGUUGUUCCAGACAUCUUGACGGUUGUUCCAGACAUCUUGACGAUACUCCCAGACAUCUUGACGGUUGUCCCCGAUACCUUGACGGUCGUCCCGGAUGUCUUGACCGUCGUUCCCGACAUCCUGACCGUCGUUACUGACAUUCUCUUGGUGGUCCCGGAUAUCCUCUCGGUGGUCCCUGACAUUCUCACGCUUGUCCCUGGUCUUUUGAGCGAAAGCGCGGUUACUGAAGAUGCCGAAACUGGUGUUUCAGCUCUUCCUGUCGCGUUGCCGGAGGCAUCGUUGUGA